AUGGGUGUUGAUUCCCGUCGACCGCCUCUCCCAGCCCCGACCGAAACCGAAACCGACGACACCACCUUGCGCGACGAUCUCGCCACAAACCUCUCUACUCGUACUGAUAAGACGUCAUAUUCCUUGCCUGAAGACGGCACACCGGUUACGAUAAGCACAGUGAGGAGGGACGGAGCCCUCCAUAAGAAACAUCCUUCGCAGACAUCCCUACUGAUAGAAUACUUCGAGGGCGCAAAGGGCGACGGCAAGUCUCGCUCACGGCCCAGUGUUCGCGUGCGCGUCACCCCUUCAUCCCGCAAAAGCAAAUCAAGCACCAGCGAUCAUUUGAAGAUUUCGCAGACCAGCCGCAAUUCCCAAAGGCCUUCGUAUACCCGUCGCAUCUCCCUGGGCAGAGGCCGUGACCCCGAGCCCCAGCCUGCGGAGGCUACGUACUCUGAAGAGUCCAAUAUCUCAUCCGUCGCUCCACUCGAGAUCGAGGUGUUGCCGAACGCCAGCGACGUUUCCAGCAACGGCGGUCGCUACGUCCCGGCUCCGUCGGACAUCUCUUCCAUGCCCCCUGACUCCAUGCUUGGGGCCCCACCUGUGAUUGUAGCACCUGCACGCCCUCGGAGUCGGAGCCUGGAUCGGGAAGAGGUAGCAGAGCCCAUGGCGAAGGAUACCUUGAAAGCGCCUACCCGGCAGCGCAGCCGUAGUCUGAGCAAAGAGCGCAUCACUCAGCGUGUCAUGGAGAAGCUGCAGCAGAAGCCAGUUGACAGCAGUGCGACAACAAAAGGAACGAGGACUAGCAGGGAAGAGUUGACUCCUAGUCGGAAAUCCCGGAGGAGAAGCAGCAAAAGCUCCCGCGAGGAGGAACUGAGCGCCGUGAGUGGGACGGAAUCCAGCCUCUUGUCUUCCAAUGCCGCAAAGCGCAGGUCGGGGGAUACACAUUCUGUCCGCUCCGGAGUGUCCGGAACUUCGUCAAUCAAUAACCCAAAACUCCUUGCGACGGUGGAGGAUGCCAUCAAGCGCUUGAUCUUACCCGAGAUCAACGCCUUGAAGGAGCAACAACGUACGCAAGCUAAUCGGGAGAAGUUCGAACGUGACUCGCGAGGUAGUGCGUAUACAGCCGACUCCAGUAGCACGCGAGACGCCCCUCGCAGACGCGUCUCCAAGUCUUCCAGCACGCCACAAAUGCAUGGAAGCAAACCCAAGGUUGUACUGAAUCGUGACGGAGAUGAUCCUGGGACCAUUCUGUCAGGAGCCUCCAGCCGCAGAGACCGUCGUUCCAGCCGAGGCUCCAUCUCCGAGCGAAGCCGAACCGACUCUGUAUCCCGGGAGGAUGAGAAGAUACGGAAGAAGAAGAGCAAAGAUUCCGAUAAACCCUCCGCUCGGGAUGCAGCUCUGUUGAGUCUUGGUGCUGCCGGUUUGACCGCUGCCGCGCUGAAACACCACACCUCAAGAGAGGAAAAGAAGGAGAGGCGGCGCCAUAGCAGAAGUAGCAGGAGCCGCACGGCAAGCAUCUCAGAGAGUGUGGAAGAACAUCAUGAAGAGCAGCUUGAAGUUCCGCCUCUUCCGCUCCUGCAAAGCGAACUCCAAGGAUCUGAAUUAACGCGAGAUUCCAUUCUCUCAGCGGAGACCGAGACCCGCGAACGGCCUGAUUCGAGUUCUUCGAGAGAGACAGGUACCGGUCUGGAGACCCCACUUCGCGAGGUGCCCCGUGGCUUUGGAACGCCUUCGCCCAGAACUCCAACCCGCACACCAGUUACACUUCAGCGUAGCCUUGGCAAAGCCCACAGUAACCGUUCCAUGGGCGAUGGGGUACUUCGCACACCGAAAAGUGAGAAGAGUCUGUCUGCCAGGUCGAAGGAUGCGUCGGCGGCACUUGAAGCCGCAGCAGCAGCAAAAGCUCGGGCCAUUGAAAGUCCUCAGCCCCAAGUAUCUCAAUAUGAGGUUCUGGAGCAGUCGCCGUCUCGUGGUCUAAGUCCAAUCCAGAGUGAAGCGAGCUAUCGUGAGGAAAUUCAUGUUGCUGCGUCGCCUCACGCUCUUCGGUCUGCACGAAGAAGCGGUACCCCGUCAUCCGGUCACAGGAUUAAAGAGCAAGCGUCAAAUCUCUCCAUUCAAUCUUUCGAAUCAAGACCCAGCACCAGAGCGGCUCGUACGCGAAAGCGUCCACAAGGUGUCAAUCUCGAGCAACCCCGUGAAGUGUUAGCAGAGUCACCAAUCCCCACUCCUCGAGAUGUGGACGAAUUCUUCCGCCAGAAUCAUGAAAAGAAUGAGAUGUAUCGGAGAGAGUUGGAGCAAAGCCAGUCGGGCUCGUCUCUUGUGGACCAGAAACACAUGACUACCUAUACAGAGGACAGCGCUGAUGCGCAGUAUGCUGACAGCCCUCGCGGCAAGGUGUCCCUCACCCAGGACAUUCGCAAGGUCGGCUCCAAUCCUGAAUAUGUCCACACGCCAGUUGCUGUCGAGUCUGCCGUAGCCUCCCUUCAUGAACCCUCCAGCCUCAGUGUUCCAUCCUCGGAACAUUGGGCAGCACCUCGCGAUCGAGGGCAGAAUCUGGCAGACCAAUCGCAGGCAACGAACUCGCCUAGACAGAGUGUAUCCCAAUCCAUCGAUGAGCGCCCUCAGAUGCAUGCAAGUGCAUUCCCUACGCAAGACCACAUGAUGCCAGAAAUCGGAUACGGCAUCGAUGAUGAAUCCGAUGUGACCACCAACCCGUCCAUCAUCCAAGGGCCUCUUGGAGGAGGCGAGUCCCUGCUCGCCCGACAGCGAGAUAGCCAAGGUACGCCGUCUCAGCAUUCAUAUGGCAAGGCUGCUGCCCUUGGCGUCCCCGCAGGGCUGGCGGCUGCCACUGCUGCUCAUAUGCGUGACGACAAGAGCCCUUUGGUACCGGGCGAGCACUAUCACGACGAGUAUAGCCAACAGUAUGCGGAUGAACCUCUCUACCCGCCCGAGCCGAAUUAUGCCGGAGACGUCCAAACGCCAUCGAGAAGCCCUGGUAUGUGGAAAGACGAGGGUUACCAGUCCGCUCAUCAGCCCGGGGGAAUAACCCCUGAAUUACACAACCGUCGACUUUUCGACGACGACGGUCUCGUUGGCUUCGAUGAGGAUGCCUUUGGUGCGCCCGGGAUGAUGGGCUCCAGCAAGCAUGCUCGUCAUGUCAGCGGAAACUCCCACGGCAUGGGCUCGCCUCUCUAUGAUGCAGCUACUGGUAAAGGAAUAGACCGAAUCCAAUCAAAGGAUAUCGUCGCUCUCAUGGACCAUCUGACGGUGCGUGAUGCGCAACGCAAUGCUCGGGAUACAGAAAUUCUCGUCACUCUGGUGCGCAGUGCCGCAGAGAUGCGCAACUCUUUCGAGGAGAUGAAGCAGUUCAUUCGUACGCAGGACGCUAUGAUUAUGAACCAGACAGACAAGCGGGUUGACCUCGCCGAGCAACGGAUCUUGCAAGGACCUCGACCCCAGCCUCUUGGAUCGCCUAGGGUUCCACGAUCCUCCAGCGAUGACAUCAACGAAGUGGAGCAGAAGAGGAAGAAUGUUUUCAAACGCGCGUUGAAAGGUCUGAGUAUGAAGGGCGACAACGACAUCAAGAAGAUUGAAGCCAUGUUGGUCCAGCUUCUGAACGAGGUUGAGGGUCUCAAAGAUGCUCAUGCGAUGAGUAUGGCGCAGCAGAAUACGUCGCACACCCUGACCUCCUAUGAGAAUUUGAGGGCAAGCGGGGAUCCUGGCUACGAGCCAGAAGGCCGUGCUGGGACCGCCUCAUCGCCAAACCAGUCUGGAUAUCUUUCCAACCCAUCUUCGCGACGCAUCCAAGAUAUGCACUCUGGGUACGAUGUCCACCAGCCGCAUCGCGUCAGCACCGUCGAGGAGGACGACGAAGAAUACGCAGAGGAGAAUAGACAGUAUGAAAAUACGGAACGCAUGACAACGCCUACACAGGAAGCUCGUCGGAACAACUCGAUCGACCAUAACACGCCUCCUCAACCAACCAAGCCGUUCCGUGAGUCUCAGAGCCUGGAGAAUACUCCCAAGCGGAAGCAUAAAUCCAAUUCAUCAUCUAUCUUUGGUAUUCCAAAAAUCUCACGAUGGUCGAAAACCACAGCAUCAACAACCAAUCGCGAUUCGGAGAGUCUCCCUCGCAACAGCGAGUCUAAUGACAGGAGGCCUUACUCCGCGGGGUCUAGGUCUGGGUCCCAGGUCAACAUAGCAUAUUACGGCGACGAACAAUACCAGGUUGCCGAGGAUGAUCGCCUGCGCUCCAACACCUCCCUUGUUAGAGACGAGCAGCGGAUGAUUCGGUCCCCCUCGCCUCUCAUCCCUGAGGAUCCCUAUGAGCUUGACGACCCCAAAUACCGUGCUCAUCGUAACUCCUUGAACCUUCAACAUCCUCAGCCGCGUCCAGGUCCGACUGGCCGCCACCAGAACCACCUCGAGUCUCAAGCCAAGAUUUUCGAGCCUGUUCGAUCCCCGGACUUUGAUCAGUGGGGAAGUAACCCCUCCCUCGCGCGUAACCGUCUCUCCGGCGGAGCUGCCAGCCAAGGCGCAGGGAACCUCUCCCCCAUCUCGUCGGACGGAGGCUACAGCCAGCAUUCCGCCGCGGAGCAAGCCGGCGCUCCUCCUCGGCCCCCUAAGAUCCGCGACGAUGGGCCUCUAAUACCCCAGCAGCCUCUCGCCGGCCACGGGCAGACGAGGCAGAUGUACAGCGCGCACAACGACUAUGGCUCCCCUGCGCAGGGUGCCUUGACGCCGCUGGCCCCCAUCCAGGAAGUCCGCUACAGCCUGGAGACGGACACUGGACACCACGUAGGCGAAUCGGCUCACUAUUAG